AUGGCUGACGGCAAUCUACGGCCUGACCUCAUCAGUUACAAUUCAUCCUUGGCUGGCUGCCUGCGGGGCAGCCGUUGGGUCGCAGCUUUAGAUCAUCUCCCCGACCUGGCACAGCAGGCGUUGCUGCCAGACGUGGUUUCUGCCACCCUUAUCUCAGACACGCUCCGGUCUUCACCUCAAUGGCGUCGCAGCAUCAGCUGCUUGGAGUCGCUGUCCGCGGCGCGAGUGAGGCAAGACGUGAUCUGCCUUUCUGCCACCAUUGGUGUCGUCGGCGAGUCGUCCCAGUGGGCUGCAGUAAGCGCUGCUGUGCGAGACAUGCGCCAGAGAUCCCUGUCUGCAGAUGAGUUCACACUCACAUGUUCCAUGAGAAGCUUCCAGCGAAGUUCGGUUUGGUCGUGGACCCUGGACGUCCUUCGCACGAUGGUGCUUGGCGAGCUCCGACCGGAUGCAGUCGCAGUGGCUUGCGCCGGCACACCUCUUUGGUUUGAGCAGCUCGCCUUGCUCUCGUGCAUGGAGGCCGAGGCCAUCCAUCCUGAUGCCCCUGCACUGACGAACUGCUUGCGGCUGUGCGGCCCACACGAAUGGCCCGUCGCCAUGAAGCUACUGAGAAGACGGAAGUCGCUGGUCGACCAGAUCAGCUUGGGCGCGCUCCUGGCAUCUUUGGCCAAAAGCAGCCAGUGGCAGCUGGCAAUUGACCUGCUUCUGCAGUUUCCAGCGUACCAACUGCAACCAGACGAAGUGAGCUUCAACAGCGCUGUAGAGGCUUGCGAGAAGGCGAGCCAGUGGAUGACGACGCUGGCGCUGAUGCAUGAAAUGGAGCAGGCGGAGGUCCUCGCAGGUGCAAUCACAUACAGCAGCGCCAUCAAGGCUUGCAGUAAUUGCAGCCUGUGGCAGCACGGAGUGAGGCUCCUGGCUCUCAUGAAGGAGCAGGCUCUACCUCCCGACACCGUUUGCUUCAACAGUGCUUUAAGCUCCCGAGGUGCUGCUUUGCGCGAGUCGCUGGAGCCGGUGGAACUCGAUUCGAUGUCUUGGCCGCAGUCGCUCAAUGUGCUCACCGCAAUGGCCACAGGCAGAGCACUUCCGGACAUGGUCAGCUUCAACACAGCCGUUGUCCACUGUGACGAAGCGGGCGCAUGGAACUGCGCCCUUGCCUUGCUUGCUCCUGCCCACCGCCUCCGCGUGGCACCCGACCUGCGUGCUACAGAGGCCUGGCGAUGGUCUUUGCAGUUGGCACCAUUUCUGCCGGUGGCUUCUGGUCGAAGUUGGCAAGCCGUUCUUGACGUGUACCACCGGUCUAGCUGUUCUGUUUUGCGGAGAGCUGAUCCGGAGUUCACCUGGAAGAUGGCCCUGGAGCUGCUUCGCCAGUUGCCAGCAGUGCGAGCCGUGGUCGACGCCGGUUCCAUGGCAGUGCUCAGUUCACUGGAAAGAAGUCAUUGGCAGAGUGCGCUACAGAUGAGGACUGCCGAGGCUAUCUCUGUGGAGCCCAGUGUCCCUUGGGCGGCCGCCCUUGGCCUGCUGGAGGGAAUCCGGGCGAGUAGGGCGCACCCGACGGAAUACAGUUUCAAUGCUACCAUAAGCGCGUGCGAGACUUUCGCCCACUGGCAGCUCGCCUCGCAAUUGUUAGCGAGGAUGCCCAUACUUGUGGUUACACCUGGAACCAUCAGCUUCAAUGCGGCCAUCUCAGUCUGCGAGAAAGCAUGGCGCUGGGAGCACGCUUUACACAUGCUCCUGCAAAUGGAGGAGAUGCAGGCGGUUCGCGAUGUGAUUACCUACAGCGCCGCCAUCAGUGCCUGCGCGCAGGGCGCGGAAUGGCGCCCUUCGCUGGCUCUGCUCGCAGAGAUGGAACGUCAGGAAGUGAUGCCAACAGUGUUCACACACAAUGCCUUGAUUACCGUUUGCGGCCGUGCGGGACAGUGGGAGCUGGCGCUCUGGUUUUUGCACAGGCAGCUGCUGGACCACAUGCGGCCGGAGGUCAUCAGCUACAAUGCUGCCAUCAGCGCCUGUCAGAAGGCGGCCGAAUGGGCGAAAGGGCUGCAGCUUCUGGCGCGCAUGCCUGCCCACGAGCUGGAGCCGAACGAGAUAAGCUUCACUGCAGCCGUCAGUGCCUGCGAGCAAGCCUGCCGAGAUGGAGCAGUGUCGUCGUCCGGGAGUGAGCCGUGA